GAGCGGCGCCGCUUCCGCAGGGCCGCGGCUCCUCCGGGAGCUGUCCCCCGGUGAUCCCCGGGGUUGGAAUGCGUCCAGGGAAAGGAAUGGAGCUGGGAAAGGGCUGGAGAAUUCCUGAGGGAGCUGGGGAAGGGGUUCAGCCUGGAGAAAAGGGGGAGCAGGGGGGAUCUGGCUCUGCACAGCUCCCUGACAGGAGGGGACAGCCGGGAUUUAGGAUCUUAUCUCAGGGAACAGGGACAGGAGGAGAGGGAACGGCCUCAGGGUGGCCCAGGGGAGGUUUAGGUGGGAUUUUAGGGAAAAGUCCUUCCUGGAAAUGGUGGCCAGGGAGGUUUGGAGUGCCCAUCCCUGGAGGUGCCCAAGGAGUGUCUGGAUGAGGCACUCACCGGGCUGGGGACAAGGGCUCGCCAUGGACUUCCUGACGCUCUUCCUGAUUUACCUGUGCCUCGUGCUCGCUGUCACUGCCCUGCUCUGCCUCUGCUUGGGAAGGAAGGAGAGUUUCCUCACCAGGAGUGUCAACAGGGCAAGCCAGGUGUUGUCACUGGUGAUCCCCACCCAGCUCCAGAGGGUGACACACCAGGCACUGCACAGGCUCUUCCACACAAGGAGUUGUUUGUUUAUGGUCCUGCACGUAGCCCUGCAGGCUGCAGUGUUUGGGGAAUACACCUGGGAAGUGUUUGUGUACUGCUGGGAGCUGCAGUUCCACCUCCUCCUGCUGCUCCUGCCCUACCUGCUGCUGGCUGGGAACCUGGGCUGCUUCCUGCUCUGCUCCCGGGCCAAUCCUGGUACAGUAACAAAAUCCAAUGCUGCAUCCCUGGUUAAGGUUUAUGCCUACGAUGAGGUGUUGUUUCAGAGAGGCCUCGUGUGUCCCACGUGCACUGUGGAGAAGCCAGCCAGGUCCAAGCACUGCAGUGUCUGCAGGACGUGUGUGCAUCGCUUUGACCACCACUGUGUGUGGGUCAACAACUGCAUUGGGGCCUCCAACACCGGCGUGUUCCUGCUGUACCUGCUGUCCCUGACUGCCACAGCCGGGGCCCUGGCUGCUGUCACGGCUGCUUUCCUCAUCCAGGUGCUGCUGCUCUCCGACAUCAUGCACAGCACCUACCUGGAUGCCCAGGGACAGGAGCACCCCGUGGAGAUUCCCUUCCUUGUCCAGCACCUUUUCUUGACUUUCCCUAGGAUUGUCUUCAUGCUGGGUUUUGUCACCCUGCUCACACUCAUCCUGGGGGGAUAUUCCUCCUUCAGUCUCUAUCUGGCCCUCACCAACCAAACCACCAACGAAUGGUGCAAAUCCCGAAGAUUUGGGGGCUCCCCCCAUCUCCCCUCGCAGCCUCAUGACAGACCCCUCGUCUACAAAAACAUUUAUUCUAAAGGGAUCUGGAGGAAUUUAAAAGAAAUCUUUAACCCUCCUACAGUGUUGGAAAGGAAGAAGAAAACAUGAAGAUAUAAUUGUUUCUCUGGGCAUUUUUAAAUGUUUUCUAAGACUUUAGUUCAGCAGUGGGCUUAGCUGCCCCAGCCAGAUUUUGGAACAAGAUUACUGCAGAAUUCAGAUAUUGGUGAUUCAGCAGAGCAUCAUUUGAGCUCCCUCCCUCAGAGAGACUCAGGGCCAGCUCAGUCCUGGCCCUUGAUUAUGGGGACUUAGUCCAUCUUCCCAAAGUGAAUCUUUCCCUCUGGGAAGGGCUAACACAGAGCUCCUGUGAAUUUUGAGGGAGCGGCAUCUUUUUGUGAUUAUCUUUCUUUGGGAAACAAUUAACCCAUGACUGUUAACAAUGACUACAACAGGUUGUGUGUAUUUAGCUGAGAAAAUGAUUUCUGGCAGGAUCUUACCUGCAGAAAC